AUGGCGUCGUCUUCUCCAACUCAGCGAACUCACGUCCCAAUUCCUCCCGAGCCAGGUGCGAUUUACAAAGCGCCUUUGAUCUUCUUCGAUUCACGAUUUCUUGUCCCUUUGUUUUCGGGUUCUUACUCGCUCUGGAUCAUCCACCCACCAAGCUUCGCUGCUAAUUUAUCUUCAUUUUUCUGCUUUUCUUCCUCUGUAGUUUUCGUCACGAAUCGCUUAGCUUCGUUGUUUGUAGUUUACCUAUAUCGAUCUGCUUAUCCCUCAGAUUCCUUAAAGAAUUUUGUGGUUUUUCGCCGUCAAUACCGAUUAUUUGUUAACGUAAACUUCAUUUCUGAUCGAAAUGUGAGUUUAGCCAUCUAUUUCAUGGGCGUAUGCGGCAGGGCACUGACACAAGAUGUUAAUGAGCCACCAGUUCCCAUUCACAUAGUGACGGAUCCGUUGCAACUUCCUGCUGAUUUCCUAAACCCUUCUCCCGAUAAGAAAUUAGUCAUUGGUUUUGAUUGUGAGGGUGUUGACCUCUGCCGACAUGGCAAACUUUGUAUCAUGCAGAUUGCGUUCUCUAAUGCAAUAUACUUGGUUGAUGUCAUCCAAGGUGGAGAGACGCUUAUGAAAGCCUGUAAGCCUGCACUCGAGUCUAAUUACAUCACAAAAGUUAUUCACGAUUGCAAACGUGACAGUGAGGCUUUAUACUUCCAGUUUGGGAUUAGGUUGCACAAUGUUGUGGACACUCAGAUUGCUUAUUCUCUGAUAGAGGAACAAGAAGGCAGGAGGAGACCUCUAGAUGAUUACAUUUCGUUUGUUUCUCUCCUUGCGGAUCCACGUUACUGCGGCAUAUCCUAUGAUGAGAAAGAAGAAGUCCGUGUACUCAUGCGACAGGACCCAAAAUUUUGGACUUACAGACCGAUGACUGAGCUAAUGGUCCGUGCAGCUGCCGAUGAUGUCCGUUUCCUUCUGUAUCUCUAUCACAAAAUGAUGGGAAAACUGAAUCAGCGGUCAUUAUGGCAUCUCGCAGUUCGUGGUGCUUUGUACUGUCGGUGUCUCUGCUGCAUGAAGGAUGCUGAUUUUGCUGAUUGGCCAACUGUCCCUCCAAUACCAGAUAACCUGAGGUCAGAAGAUCAAUGUCCUGAAGAAGAAAUCCUGUCGGUGCUUGAUGUCCCACCAGGAAAGAUGGGACGUGUGAUUGGAAGGAAAGGAGCAUCAAUCCUCGCCAUUAAGGAAGCUUGCAACGCGGAAAUUCUCAUUGGAGGUGCAAAGGGUCCACCUGACAAGAUAUUUGUGAUUGGACCGGUGAAGGAAGUGCGCAAGGCGGAGGCUAUACUGAGAGGAAGAAUGAUAGACUAUUGA